AUGGGCCUCGAUUUGGUCGACCUGCAGCCGACUGCGCCUAUUUACCGGAAAAUCCAGCUGUCACCACACCGCGCUGGCCCGUCAGUGUCCGUCGACCGUCCGCUUGUGCUCAUCCCGAGCAACGUUGUCGGGGCUCCGGAAGUCCCGCCGCCAUCAGAUGACCGGACAAGACGAGACGAGACCGAGUCAGAACUGCCAACCUUUUCCGCGGCGCCUUCCGGUCAGGCAGAACUGGAACCGGAUACCGGUGACAGCGGUCGCGGUGACAGCGACGCAAGCCGGGCGGUGGCAGCCGUGGACGAUCCCACGGUCAAAUCUAAAAAACGCACCACACUUUGGAGAAGGACGAAGCUAAUCAUCCGUCGCAUGUUUUGUUGCGGCGUUUGA